GAACUGCUCAGCUCAGUGCCUAAAUCGGUGAUAAAAACGAAAUACGCCACGAACGAGCAAAUUGAAAAAACUUGAAGAUUUCGCGCAAUUUUCAUUUGCGGUUGUCUUCCUAUGUCAACGCAAAAACGAAAACAAAACAAAAAUUUAUUACUGUCACUUUCCUGAAAUCGCUUUGAGAUCGUAUGUUCAACAUUUUAUAUUGGCUCUCCAGCAUUUACUAUAUGUUCGGAAAAUAAAUAUAAAUAAUCUGACAAAAUAAAAGAAAUAAAGGCACUCUAGCCUAACUUAUAAUGCAUUAAGUUUCUUUUAAUUCGUAUCCGAUAUUUGCGAAUCCCUAUAAACUCCAAGCGCUAAUUAUGAAUCGUGUACGAAGAGCGCCGCCUUCUUGCAUUCGUUUUAUAUAUAGAGCCAUAGCAGCUGCCAAAUUCGAACAGUUAACUCUUGAGCAAUUGGUUAAAAUCCUAAAAAACGAUGCUUUGGUCAGCGAUGAGGUAGCUACACAAAUAAUUACUCAAUGUAUCAAUGACAAGAUUCUUAUUCCGGUUGUAGUCGAUCACGGACGUGGCUCUCCGCGUCUCAAAGUUGCCGAGGGAAGACCACUGAGUUUGCCGACACCGAUGGAGAUUCCAAUACCACAACACGAUCAUUACUGUUUCGAGUGCCACUUGCCUGGAAAUCUGGAACCUUGUUUAAAGUGUCCAAGAGCAUUUCAUCGUGAGUGCUAUCGCAAAGACCCUGAGAAACCCAACUAUGAAAUCCCAUCAGCAAAAGUUCAAAAGAAUCCGCUACCCGAGUUUAAUUCUGAUUGUGAACAAGAUAUAAACUGCUCGGUCUCCGAACUAGGAUCAAAAUCGACAACAUCUCAGCUUGCCACUAAUGAUGCAGAUAAUGCAAUGGAUUCAGUUAGCGUAACAAGCGGUACUCCAGAAGAAAAUAAAGGUCAUUUUGAUUUGAAUGUUGAUAUGAAAUCCAAAGUUGAUGUUAUGUGCUUGGGUGAGACUCGCCCUCCAAAUCGAAGUAGGCGAUCCAAUGUGUCCUCUUCAUAUGCAAAAAAUGAAGUAAUCACAACCGAAGACGAUGACGAUCAUGGGCUCUGUACAAGCUGUCGCCUCUCUAAAUGUGCAGCUUUGCGAAAUCCACCAAAUUUGGAGUCUGAUGAACUUUGUUAUUUACUCAACUUUACAUACACACGCAACAUAACAUGGAUUACAGCAGACACUAUUGCCUAUCUGGAUUCCUUAGACUCUGAUGAUAAGGACCUUGAAGUACUUCAAAAAGUUCUACUUCGCAUCCCAAUUGCCCCAAAAGACAUUUCGCAAAAAAUUGAGUCCAGCGAAUACAAAUAUUUAAUGGAAUUCCUUAUUGACACACUUGAUCUUCAGCACAACAUAGGUGUUUUAUUUGGUGAUUCAACAGAAAUGGAUUCAACAAAAUGGCUAGUACGUGAUAUAACACAUGACCUUGCUGAGAUUGGUCGGUGCCCUGAUUGUUUCCGUUACUCGAAUCACAAAAAAUCAAAGGGUUGGUUUUGUAAGCCAUGCGUGCAACGUCACGAGUUGGUUUUUGCUAAACAUCCUGGUUUUCCAUUUUGGCCGGCAAAAGUUAUUAGGGUCUUGCCUAAUAACAAGUAUGACGUAAGAUUUUUUGGUGGCGAUCAUUCAAGAGCUUUAGUGGAUGUUAAGAACAUUCGUCCAAUUGAUACUGAUCCAAAACAGUUGAAACUGUCUAAAGGACAUGCACUGAAAUCAGCUAUGGAAGAACUCAAACAUCAUCAACUGUUGUUGCACUAUCCACCAAGUCAAUUCUCAUUUCGAGCUGAUAGAGCCCAAGUACAGGCGAUUUUAGAGAGGGUUUUGAUGGGCACCAGCCCACAAAAACAAAGACGGUCGGACGUUGCCAAAACAUCAAAGCAGAGAGAUCAAGAUAAUGAAGAACAGCCACUAGCUGUUGCGCAGAAUUCCUCUAGAAAAAGGAAAAGAAGCGAAAAUAUAUCUAAUCCCAGAAACAUCUGUCACACACGUUCCAAAGAAGAUAUUCUUCCAUCAUUGGAAGUACAAAAGCUCCAAAAAGAUCUCGAUGGGGCUCUUAAGAUUAUAAAAGAAAACAAAAAAAAACAAACCGACCUGACAAAUCAAAUCAAGACAUUUAAGGAAGCUAUCGCUAAAAUGGAACGUAAUAUGGAGACUAUUAAACGUAAACAAUGGUGCUUUUGGUGUUUUAAUGAGGCAAUACUCCUUUGCUGUUUCAAGGCAUCAUACUGUUCAGAAGAGUGUCAGAAAGCCCAUUGGGAAGAUGGGCACAGUAAAGUAUGCAAGAACAGAGACCUGCACUGACGAUGGCGUAUGUAAAUAAAACAAUAUGAAUACAAAAAAAAAAACAA